AUGGAAGGCAACGGAGGCAACAGCAACAGGAGCUCUGGAGGCCUGACUGGGUUCUUCGGUGGGAGCAGCGGCGGGCCGAGUUACUCGAAUGCAGAUCUGGCCGGAGUUCCUCUCACUGGUAUGAGCCCUCUGUCUCCGUACUUAAAUGUGGAUCCCAGAUAUCUUCUACAGGACACAGAUGAGUUUAUUUUACCCACGGGAGCCAAUAAAACACGGGGCAGGUUUGAAUUGGCCUUUUUUACCAUUGGAGGAUGCUGUAUAACAGGAGCCGCAUUUGGAGCCAUGAAUGGUUUAAGACUGGGACUGAAGGAAACACAAAAAAUGUUCUGGUCCAAGCCAAGAAAUGUACAGAUUCUGAAUAUGGUAACCAGGCAGGGAGCACUCUGGGCGAAUACUCUGGGCUCUCUGGCACUGCUCUACAGUGCAUUUGGUGUUGUCAUAGAAAAAACCCGAGGUGCAGAAGAUGACAUCAAUACAGUAGCAGCUGGGACCCUGACUGGAAUGUUAUAUAAAUGUUCAGGUGGUCUUCGUGGAGUAGCAAGAGGUGGUCUGACAGGGCUAACCCUUACUAGCCUCUAUGCCUUAUAUAAUAACUGGGAGCGCCUGAAAGGUUCCGUGACCCAAGAGUCCCUUUAG